GCCGGGGCGGGUUGCAGUCGGAAGGAGCGUGGAGGAAAUCUGAUCGGCUGCCGGUGAGGGGGCAAAGAGCCGGGGUACGGGGCGAGGUAUAAUUAAUCAUGGGUUUACUAUCAAAUCUGGCUCGGGGUUUGGUGCGUGGAGCUGAUCGGACUGCAGAACUCACAAGCAAACGUGGACCCAGAAGUUUCUACAGAUCCCGGGGAACCAAGCCAACAGGAUUUAUAACAUCCAGCAAAAAGUUUGUAAAGAUACGACAAAUGGUACCAGAGUUGAUGGUUCCUAAUUUGGAAGGUUUCAAUCUAAAACCAUACGUGUCUUACAAAGCACCAACGGGAACAGAGCAACCCUUGACGGCCAAAAAGCUCUUCAUGGAAACUGCUGCUGUACAAAUAGAGAAAGAUUUUCAGGCGGGUACCUUUGACCAGAACAAUCUAGAAAAAUAUGGCUUUGAACCAUCACAAGAGGGCAAGCUGUUCCAGCUGUUUCCAAAAAAUUACGUACGGUAAUAAGAACUGGAUUUUCUGAGAUUAUGCCUUUUUAUUCAUGGACUGAAUGAAGAAAUAAAUGAGAAGUGGCUACCAUCAAUGGUGUAAUCAGUAAAGUUACAUUUAUGCCCUAAGUUGAUGAAUAAAUAUACUUGUUGCACUGAGAUGUCAACUACCUUUUGGUACCAAUAAUGGUAAAAACUAAUCAAAUUGUCUUUAAUGUAAUAUUUUCCUAUUAUUACUAAAAUAUUAGGAAAUACAAUGUAAAAAAGUUCUACCUGAACUGUAGAAGAACUAAUUGUGCCUUGCACAAUAUUGAAGAUAAUUAAUAUAAUGCAACAUUUUUGUACUAAAACUUUCAGAGGAAAGAUCCAAUAGUAAUUAAAGUUCCUGAAUCUCUUUACACUCGAGUGUUCUUGUAGUAUGUGUGCCUUUGUUAAAGCAUAGCUUGUGAGAAUUUAUUUAACAACAUUGUUGUCUCACUGGUUUCCAUCCAGUUGGGAAGGUAAACUAGUGAUCCAAGGUAUACUAUUUAUCAAGCAAUUUCCAUGUUCCCAAUUAAGUCCAGAGUUAUUGUAUUGCCUCUGGAGGGGCAGGCUUAAAUAUGAAAAAUCAGUUCUCAAAUGAUUUUUAUUAAUUUAGCUAAUGGUCAAUUUCUAUUCUGGUUCCAUCCACAAAUCUGAAC